AUGGCCACCGUCGAACAGAUUCAGAAGUCCGCGACCGCCGCGGCUCAGAGUCUCAUAGCUUCCGAUGCAAAGACAACUAUGGCUGGAAAACAGCCCCAGGAGAUGAAGGAGCAUGCAUCACAAGUCCUAAACGCUGCGAUACCUACAGUUCAUGGCUGCGUCGAGGCACUCGCAAAGGACCCGAGGCAGCUAGAGGCGGAAGACGUCGAUAUUCUAGCCAUGAGAGCUGUGAGCCUGGCGGCUUUCGGCACCCCGAUUGGAAGUACUUCGUCCAAGAGGAAGUAA